GCCAGAACUAAGGCUGUGGGUAAGGCGACAUUUCCUGCCCCUGGGGCCAGGGUGAAAGGAGAGAUGAUGAGUUGCUGAGUGUGCACACCUUUCCAGAGCACAUACACACACCCUGCUCUGGGAUCCCUUGUCAGGCUGUCCCCAUGGAGUUCCCCCUGGCCCAGAUAUGUCCCCAAGGGAGUGACGAAGCCCCCAUCCCGACCUUCAGCACCUUCCAGACCACGGACACGACCCACAGGAGCUGCCGGAACCUGGGCUACACUGCGGUCCUCUGGAAGCUCAGGCAGAGUCCACAGGUGACCAGGACGCAGCACAUUGAGUCCCAGAAGCAGGCAUCUGCCCUUUGUGCAUCUCCCCAGGCCCUGGAGGCUGCCUCCAUCCCAGGGAAUGCUGAGAGGACAGAGGAGGUGCCUGGAGAAGGAAGCCUGUCCCUGCAGGCCGAGACCCGGGCUUGGUUCCAGAAGACCCAGGCCCACUGGCUCCUGCAGCAUGGGGCAGCCCCUGCCUGGUUCCAUGGCUUCAUCACCCGGAGGGAGGCAGAGAGGCUGCUGGAGCCCAAGCCUCAGGGAUGCUACUUGGUGCGGUUCAGCGAGAGCGCGGUGACCUUCGUGCUGACUUACAGGAGCCGGACUUGCUGCCGCCACUUCCUGCUGGCCCAGCUCGGGGACGGGCGCCACGUGGUGCUGGGCGAGGACAGCGCCCACGAACGGCUGCAGGACCUGCUGCGGCACUACACGGCGCACCCGCUCAGCCCCUACGGGGAGACGCUCACCGAGCCGCUGGCCCGCCAGCAGACUCCUGAGCCUGCAGGACUUCCCCUGAGGACCGAAGGAUCAAACUCUGGAAGCAAAAGCCAGGACCCAAACCCCGAGUACAGCCCAGUCAUCAAACAGGGGCAAGCCAUAGUCCCAAUGCAGAAAGAAGCGGCCGGGGAGAAGGAGCCCUCCCAGCCACUCAGGCCCAAGCCUCCCAUUCCUGCCAAACCUCAGCUGCCCCCAGAAGUUUACACAAGCCCUGUUUCACGACGCCUCCCGGCCCCACCCCCUAAGCCCUCCAAUCCUAUCUACAACGAGCCUGAUGAACCCAUAGCCUUCUACGCCAUGGGCCGGGGCAGCCCCGGGGAAGCCCCCAGCAACAUCUAUGUGGAGGUGGAAGAUGAGGGCCCACCCAUCACCCAUGGGCACCCUGCCCUACGGAAGAGCCAGUCCAGGCCUGUCCCAGGAGGCCAGACAGGUGCUUCAGGACAGAGGACAGGCAUGGCUCCCUCUUGGGCCUCCUCAGUAGGUGGUAAGUCUGAGCUUGGUGACGAUAACUUGGAGUAUAAGGUCCAGAGACCUUCACACACACCUGGCACCCUUCUCAGGAAAUGUGGAUGGAAUAAACCAUAGUUGAUCAAAGCUGGAAAGGACCUCAGCCAUCAUCAAUUGCAAGGAUGGCAAAGAGGUGUCAUCUUGCACGCCAACUCCAAUCCAUUGGUCGUGGCUGCCUAGAGUGCUGCAUUGGAAAGGAUGUUAAGGUUAUAUCUGAACUCAGCAGAAAAAAAUCACAUGAUUGAUUAGUGAUGUCUGGCAUGGGUAAGGGCGGGAGGAUGAGCAGCAUUACAUUUGUCCUUACUGAUCAAAUUCAACUCCCUCACUAUGCAGAAAAGAAAACAGCCUGAGAGGGACAGUGACUUGGGCAAAGUCAAGGACUAGAACCCAGGCUUCCUGAUUCCCCAUUUAGUACUCUGUUCCUUACCACACAUCCACAAACUCCAGUCCAUAGGAAACAUCAGAGAUUUCCUGAAACAGGAAGUCUGGCCACUUCCAGAGUUCUACUGCAUGGAGGCCUGGGUGCUUGCUGGGUCCCCUCCUAUGGAUCCUGGCUUAACUCUGUCCCCCUGACAGGUCCGGCCUGACCCCCAACAAAGAAGCCUGGAGGUCAGAGAAGCAAAUGUGGAGCCUCUCCCUCCUAAGAGAUCCCAAGAAUCCAAUGGCUCAGUCCUUGAUGAUCUAAGACAGCAAAGAAGUAUGCGAGGAGGGCCCUGCUGGCUCCCACUGUCCUGGUUUCUCCUCCUGGAGUCUAAUUUCCUUGGCCCUCUGAGCCCUUGAGUCUGGGCCCUGGUCCAAUGCUGCUGUUGUCUGAGGAAUGGUUUGGUGAGAACAGAUGUUAGAACUUGUUUGUUGAUUCUUGUCUGGCUAAUAAAUCAUCACCAACUGCCUUCCCCUACAGG